AUGGCGACGAAACCGUCGCCGAAUAAUGACAGCGACACGACAAAGACUCCGGUAGGUGUCUCCUCAGGUAGCAGACUGGGGGUAACCGGCGCUAAACCGCCGGCAACAGAGCUCACAAGUUGUGCUGACGGGAGAUCGGCCACUUUAUAUAAGAAGGCAGUCUCUCAGGUGGGGAAGGUCUGGAAGGGAGCCAGACUGGAGGCCGUGGCCAAAGAGGAUCUUCCUCUUCGUCCUAGGGCUCGCGUUUGGCUGCCGGCCGAACCUUCCACUCCGAGUGAGAUUGAGGAAAUCCUCAGAUAUUGUAAUCCCUCACUUCCAACGCAGGACUGGAGAGUCUUAAGGCUGGAGAGGACUGAUGAACCGUAUCGGCAAGCGCUGAUAAUGCUAAACACGGAAUCCAUCGGUCCUCUCAGCAAAACAAAGGGAGCCAUAAGUUAUGGUUUUGAGAUGGUAGUGCUGAAAGUACUUCCAUCGGAUGCCAGAGCUGAUGGCCCCCAAGCUCCGGUGGCUGCGGGGGACCUGACAAAGGGUACGGACGGUCAAACGACUGUGGAAAUCGAUGCGACAGAGGGCGCCGACGGUCAGACGACCGUGGAAGUCGAUCCGAAUCUCUCGGAUGUGGCGAGUGUUGGGGGCGGUUCAUCGAUUGGCGACUCCGUCUUCAGCCUCGAACAAAUGUUUGAGGAAGUUCGGGUCGAUCACGAUUUGGGCGCUGAAAUAGCGCUCCUGGAGGAAAGUCUGAAGGAUGAAUUCCUCCAGAUUAACCUCCAGCAUGCGAAGGCGGCUUCCGCCAAUCUAUUGCUCCGUCUGGAACAAGACGGAGCUGAUGUCGUCCUGAUCCAGGAACCGUGGCUGACUGGCAACGGGAUCUCUGGAUUGAGGACAAAGAGCCAUAGGCUCCUGGCGGCCAAGGAUGCAGGUAGGAACAGAGCCUGUAUGCUGGUUAGGAAUGAACUAACGGUAUUUCUUUUACCUAAUUUCAGCAGCGCUGACAUAGUGACAGCGAAAUUGGAGUGUGACACCGGAGAUUUCUGGCUUAUCUCCGCAUAUAUGCCACACGAUGAUGUGGUGGAGCCGCCUCCCUUACUGCUGAGGAGGACCUUAGCCGAAGUGUCUAAGGCUAGCACUGGCGUCAUCAUCGGUUCCGACGCUAACUCGCGGCAUCAGAUCUGGGGAAGCUCGGAUACUAACAAUAGAGAGCACACAGUACGUAAAAACCAGCCUCCAGCUAAGCAAUUAAGCAUGAAUGUGAAAUAA